GUCGCACGCACCAGCCCGCAGCCGCGCACAGUGCGCGCCCCGAGUGUGCCCGAGUGCCCGAGUGCCCGAGUGCGCCGCGAGUGCCCGACAGUGCCGUGCCCAGUGCAGUGCCGCGGCGACAGCUCGCCAGUGUUGUUAAGUGACACAGUGCCAGUGUGUGGACUGGGAGUACUGGGAGCGCUCGCCCGCUCGCUUCCCUAGGUCCGCUGCUCGCUUUGGUACGGCCGUAGGUACUUGUUGGUACUUGGAACGACAUCUAGGCUUUACGCGAGUACGUAUUAGUCUACAGGUGAGGCGCGGCGCGGCGGCAUGGCGCGCGCGCGCGGCCGGCGGGCGGCAUGGCGGUGAGCUGCCCUGAGGUGAUGUACGGCGCCUACUACCCCUACCUGUACGGGCGCGGGGCCGCGCGCUCCUUCCACCACGCGCCGCACUUCCAGUACGACCGGUUCAACGUGCAGAGUGGGGCGGGCAAUGCUGGCAGCGAGGCUUACAGCGGCGGCGCGGCGGCGCUCAGCUCGGGCUCCGCGUCCUCGGGGGCGCAGUCCCCGGGCAGCCCGCCGCACGCACACCUCACGCACCACGCCGCGCGCCUGCGCACCAAGGAGGAGGAUCUCUCCGCGCACGGCCGCGCUAGCGCCGACGGCGGCGGGUCCUCGGAGUCGGAAGGCGAGUGCGGCGGAGCGGGCGCAGCGCGGGCGCGUGCGCAAUACGUCAGCGCCAACUGCGUCGUGUUCACGCACUACUCGGGCGACGUGGCCGCCGUCGUGGACGAGCACUUCGCGCGCGCUCUCUCGCUGGAUAAACCCAAAGAGAGCGUCCCGAUGGUGUCGCGCAACCUGCCCGCCUCCUUCUUCAACGCGGCGGCGGCGGCGGGCGUCGGCGUGCCGCCCGGCGGCGCCUGCGCCGGCGUCGACAUCUACGACUACGACCCCUGGCACCAGCACUACACGGGGUACGGGCACGCGGCGCACCGGCACGCGGCGGAGUACCACGCGGCGGCGGCGCACCACAACAUGGCGGCGGCGGCGGGCUACGGCGGCCUGCUGCUGGGCCGCGGCUCGCUGCACCACCAGUACAAGCCCGUGGACUGGCCGGCCGCGCAGCACCACUCGCACCACCUCGACCCCGCCGCCUGCUCGCCCUACUCCUACCCCGCCGUGCCCGGUCUGGAGGCGCAGGUGCAGGACACGUCCAAGGACUUGUACUGGUUCUGAGGGAGCAACGAGCGGGCCGCGCCCCGCGCCUGCGCAGACUGAGUGCUGCAUAGUUACCCAGUGGUGAGACAUUACCAGUGCCGGCACUGAACGUAACUAACUGGUGGAUACUACGAUCGGACUACUACUUGACAGUGAAAUAGUGAACAUACGUCGCGGAUACCACUAGACAAUUGUGGAGCUCUCGUCACGGACUGUUAGUGAUGUCUGUCGCGCCGGGCCGGUGCAAGUGUGCGUGCGCUCUGUAGUACUGUACAUGCAGGUGUGUGUGUGUGUGUGUGUUGGCUCAGUGUGGGGCCGCAGGGUGGCGACGUCUGUCCUGUCCGCGUGUGGUAGCGUGGCGUGGUGUGGCAGUCGAGGCCGGCGGGGCCGCAGCCCUCACCGCCGUCGUGGUUGUCGCACGAGGCCACCGUACAAUAACUCACACAUACAUACAUACGUACGUUGUGUACAUUUCCUUAAUGAAAAUUGUAUUAGAUAGAAUUAUGAAAUUAUUAAAAAAAACAAAAGAAUUGUUCUGAAAUAAAUACUCUGCAACAUAGGUAUCUAAUAACCAAAUGAAAAGUGUUCAACUGUAAGUAUUUAAUGAAGUAAUGUUUCAUGUAAUUAUAUAGAGUAUUGUAUCAUGUUAGAUAAUAUAUUUGUUAGGUGUGAGUGUGAGACAUGCUUCGUUAGCGCACACAAGGAAACACAUUACGUCCAUUAAUAUACUUGCGGUUGAACUUCGAUCAUUUCUUACUUUCAUAAAAGUAUUCUACAAAGCGCAGUGAACGAGAGGUAGUCAGUAAGUUUUAGUUUAUUCCGGCGCUUCAGGGAGUAAGGUACCUACGAUAAAUUAAAAGUUAAUAAGUGUUCAUGGUAUGUAGGUACAUGUCGAGUCUCUUCUAUCUGUACUACUGUUGAUUCAGUGCGCCGCGAGGAAUACUCCGAUGAAUGGUAUUGGGUAUACAUCCCCCCUACACGGUCGGCACCGAGCCGUGCGCUGCGCCGUCCAACGUUCUACUCCUAGGUACCGUACUAGUAGAGUAAUUACUCGGUCACCUCGACCUGUGAACUACCCACCCAAUGAUCCGACCUAGGACAUAGGAGACUGGGGCACGAUGACAGACGGUGGCCGCGGCGGUCGGUCCCGACCGGGUGGAAAGCCUUUUAGUAUUAUGUAUUAUGGAGAUAACGUAUUUUUAUUGAUUGUAUUUAAUAUAAAUAUGUAGAUACCUAAUGUUUGAUGAUACCUGUUUGUAGUGUUGCUCAGAUCUCGUAUCAUUUUAGAUAAUUUCACUUGAAACUGAUUAUUAUUAUUUUUGAUAGAUUGGAAUUGAUUUGCUGCUGUUUAGAAAUGUGAGAAGUAGGCAGGUGCAGUCACGCUGCUGUAUGGCAGGCAGCGCUGGGCGCGCCGACUAGUUGUAGUCUGGUACUGUACAUAUAGUUGCCUCUAGGUUAGGUGCAUAGGUGAUAGCGACAGUAGCAGCAGACAUGUAGGAACACUGAGUCGGUGCACAUAAUGUGAGUGGAUCACUCCACGUUCAUAGUUAAACAACUAAAUAAAAUUCCAUUAUCUACUGUGAUUGUUUCA